UGGUAGGGUUAGGGUUAGAGUUAGGCGGGAACUUUCGAGCCAAACCGCCAUUUUCAAAGCUCAAGCUUCGUCGCUUUGACCUUUGAGAAGACAGGAGAGACUUGUCACAGCUUCAUAUUAUUUGAGCUGCAGGACGCUAUGGCAUCGACAGAGGAAAUGACGGACCCAACAAGCGAGGACAAGCGCAGAGAGGACUUGGUGAUUGACUAUGGUCAUGGCAAGGCUUCGGUGGAAAUUGGUCCACAUCAUACGUUGGCAGAUCUUCGGCAGUUGUUGCUGGAAGAAUUUGAUGAAGACAUGUUCCCUGGCGAUGAGAACGAGCAGUGGGCCUUUUGGAUCAAUGGAUUGCGCAUUGCGAGAAAGCAAGAAGCGCGAAAGAUGGCUUGGAGCUGCUUGAACCUGGAGCUAGCAUUGAGUCUUAGAAAGGUCAGCAAUAAGCGAACUUCAUCUGAAAAGGCUGCCGUGGAGAAUGAGCCAUCCAAGAGAAUCAAGAUGGAAGAAGAGCCGGCUUCUGCUGCUUGCAACACCAUUACUCCUGGACACGCCGACAAAGUGACAGUUCCAACAGUCGCUACUACUGUCAACAAUGACAAUGACGCUACAUCACAACUGACCUCGUCAUUGUUGAUGCCUUCCGAGGAUCAAGUCAAAAUGGAUAACAACAGCAAGCAGGAAAAUGGCAAGGAAAUGAUUGGCAAAGAUAUAUUGGUCGAUGAUACUUCGCAGUUGCAACCACAGACACUGGAUGGAAAAAUGGCCAAGGAAGACACGCCAGACAGCUCCAAUGCUCAAGCCAACGCAAACCCUUCUGUACACGACAAUGACAAUGACGGCGAUGCCACAAUGGAGAGCGACAACAAAGACAUCAACAAGCCCAUUCCUGGUAAAGAGGAAGUUGGCAAACAGCACGAUGAACCGGCAAAAAGCGAGGAGACAAUGAAUGAUGCAGCGGCCCAGUCCGAUGGCAAAAAGAGAAGCGAUGAGGCGACCCAAGUCCUAGACGGCGCUACAGGACUCAAUGAUGCCAUGGAAUUGGAGGACGCUUCCAGCACAGAACGGAGCGAAACGAAAAAGGCAACACCCAAAAGUGCCGACCAACACACUAGCAUUGAGGAACUACUAUCCGAUGAUGACGAUGACGACAAGAAAAUGCCCGCGUCCAAGGACGACGAAGAUGACAUUUUGGUUGAAGUAACCAAGGCCGUAGUCAACCCACACGCUGAAGCUGAUGCCGCCAUGGAGAAAGCCCGACUUGUUCUAAAUGGAAUUGAAGGUAUCUUGGAAGAGACCAAGGAUCAUGAGCUCUUUUGCGCUCACCACCGCCGAGAGGAAUGGAGCAGCGAGCUCAAGGACCUCCGGAAAUCGGAUCGGCCCCGAACCAUUAUUGGAGUGCUUGGGAAUACAGGAGUAGGCAAAUCCUCCCUGUUAAAUGCGCUAUUGGAUGAAGCUGCUGUUCUGCCUACAUCCGGUAGUCGCGGGUGCACUGCUGCCGUUGUGGAACUGGUGUUCAAUUCUGCGCUCUUGGAAUCAUCACAAGCAACGAACCAGCAAGAGGAACCGUCACAACCAAAGGAAGUAGCAGUCUAUCGCGGGGAGGUCGAGUUCAUGAGACUGGAUGACUGGACCAAGGAGCUGAAGCUUCUAGUGGAUGAAUGCAGCACUCAAGAGAAGCAAAUAUAUGCAAGAGUUCCAGACGAAACCGCGCAACCUGAUGCUGCAGCAGCCUGGGCCAAGAUUGAUCAGGUGUACGGCAAAGGUACUAUGCAAGGCUACUUGACUCAGUCGACUGCCUAUGUCUUCAAUCGUCUCUCCAGCAACAAUAGAGUGAGGCAGCUACUUACGCCCAGUGCCCCUGGAGAGCCCUACAAUGUAAUCCCGGUGGAGGAAGGAAAAGUCAUCGCGGGAUCCGACAAGGCAAAGGCGUUUGCCAUGUCCUAUGCUCAGCUUAGCACCCGAGAUCGCCGCACGCUCAAGCGAUAUGCUGAUAGCUUUCGAAAGAGCAUCAAUGAUUAUGUGUACCGCAAAGGCAACGGCAAUCUCCCACAAACUUGGCCACUCAUUCGAAAAGUCGUAUUGUACGGACCUUGGGAAGUGCUGUCCACUGGAGCCUGCUUGGUGGAUUUGCCAGGGGUUCGAGAUGCAAAUGCAGCUCGGGCCAAGGUUUCAGAAACCUAUCUUCAGAACUGUUCCAACAUUUGCAUUGUGGCCCCAAUCAAGAGGGCCGUGGAUGAUGGGACCGCCAAGGAGCUUAUGGGAGAGCAAUUCAAACGACGGGUUCUCAUGGAUGGGCAAUAUGGCAAUCUCUUUUUCAUUUGCACUCAAACAGAUGACAUUGAAGCAACUGAAACAAUGCGAGACCAUGCUGAUGUGGCAAAACAAGUCGCCGGCCGUUGGGAGAAAAUGCAGCAACUUCUGAAAGAUAUCCAAACCAUUGAGACAGAGCAACACGACAGGCUACAGGAAGAGGAGGAAUUGAAGGCAAACAUUGAUGAUGCCGUUCAACUUGUCAAAGUAGCCAAGGUUGAGUUGAAGGAGUUCGUUGAGGACUCGAAGGAAUCCGGCGAAUGUGACGAGGAAGAACGAGAAGGUCUGAAAUAUGCUCUAUGUGAUGCCAAGUCCAAACGAGCCGACAAUGAAGCAAAGUUAAAGCAAUGGCGAGACGACAACUCGGAACCACUCUUGAUGUCCAAGCGACGCUGUGAGAAGCUUCAGCGACAGCUCAAGACAUUCUGUGCAAACGUACGGAACGAAUACAGUCGGGCUUGUCUGCAAGAAGACUUCAAGAAUGGUUUGAAGGACCUCCUCCGCAAUGAAGAUGGUGAUGACACCAAUGCUGCAUCCACUCGUACAGCACUGCCGGAAGACUAUGAGCUCGAUGUCUUCGCCAUUUCAUCCAAUGAUUACAUGAAAAUUUUAAAGAUCAAACCGCAAAGUGAUGGGCCUCCCAACACUUUCAGCAAUCCUGUCGACACCCAAAUUCCUCUGCUUCGCAACUUUGUUCACGAAACAACCAGCAAGGGAUGCAAAACAUUCGCCCGCGACUAUGUCUCUACGGUGGGCGAUCUACUGGACCGAGUCAAACUUCUAGCAACCGACUCCAAAGACGCUCCAACGGGAAGAAGGGCCUACCGGCUGCAGAAAACAUUUGAAACGGAGAUGAAGAAGAUCGAGUCCAAGAUUGAAUCUAUAUCCACUACGUUUCAGCGCCAGCUUCAGAGCAAGAUCGAAACAAGUCUCCUCCCGUCCUUGUCAGCUGGUGCUGAAAGGGGAAGCACAGCAGCCAUGGCAACUGUAACUUCCUGGGGCUGCAAAAACCGUCGCAGCAAGAACGAACGCCGACCAGACAAGAAUGGGCUGCACCAUUCGACGUACAAUGCAGUGGUUCGUCGGGAUGGAGAGUAUGUUUCUCCGUCUGCAGGAGAGGUCAACAUGAAUGCGGAGCUCUAUGAACCUAUGGAAAAGGCAUUUGCGGGCAACUGGCAAAGUGUCAUGGAUGCCAGCACACGCAAUCUGCUUGCUGUAGCCAGAGCGGAAGUCGUCAAGGUUUGCGAGACUCUAAAAGGGGACCUUUUGAUUGCUCUCAGCGAUGCUGGUCUGGAGCAGGCAAGGCUUACCACCAUGAUGACGGCCGCUGUUCGCGGUAGCACGACUGCACUCAAUGCUGCCUUUGCAUUGAUGAACAAUACUGCCACAACGCUCCAGCGAGAGCUCACUCGUGGGGUUCUGCCACAGAUCAAGGAGAAGAUGAUGGGCAGCUACGAGGCAACAAGAAGCGUACCAGGUGGAAGUGGCAAGUUCAAUCGCAUGAAAGGGGCAAUGGACACGACGUCACGCAAGACCUUUGCUUCGCUAUUCUCUGAGACAUUGGGAUCUAUGAAACGGGCAAUUGCUUCCAUGGUGCAAGAGAUUGGCGCGUUUUUGGCCAAUGCAUCGUCCGUUAUCAACAAGAGCUAUAGUAGUGUGUUUAGUAUCUGCUGGGACGAUGCUUCAGGAGCUGCCAAGCAAGCUACGGAUCCAGCUUUGCAAAGAAAGACGAGAGACUGUCGCGACAGAUUUCUGCCCGAGCUUCACCGACUCUUGGAGGUCCAGAAGGAAUCAAGUGCGCUCAUGGGAAUCCAACGCGAGGAAAUGGACUUGGAAGUCAUGGAAGUCGAGAGUCUUGAUGCCAAGAUCAAGAAACGAGAGGAGGCAGCCAAGAAGAGUGGCGAUGCCUUCGACCUAUGCGAUUCCGAUGCAGAAGUGGAUGUUGUUCCACUCCAGAAAGUGAAAGCAGAGCCCGGCACUGAAGGGAAUGCGAAUGCAUUAGCGCGCGCAGCUCGAGCAGCUUCCAAGUACGAAGGCACGAGCAACGAUGCCAUUGAUCUCUGUGGUUCCGACGACGAAGAUGACUGGUUGCCUCCGCCAAAGCCUAGGACGACAACAAGUAGGAUCAAGUCUGAUCCUGACGAAAGUGAUGAAAGAGGAGUGGGGAACUUCUUCAGGCAGGUCGGGCGGCUCUAACGCAGCAAUUGUUCACUCUGGGGUGAUCUGCUGGUUCGAAGGGACCAUCGUAGCUCAGGAGCACCCCCACCAUACAUUCACUUUGUGGUGGCAUCGUGAGGGCGGCAGAGAUCAGUAUCAAUAAACUGGAAAACCAAGACUCGCAGGUGUAAUUGAAUGUUUGUUCCUAAAGAACCCAUAGAUCCUGUAGCUUGGUUACUAAAAACUGUAACGGCAAAGUGCAGUUCCACUGUAGGAACGCUCCAUUGUUCCUCGACUCGGGCUCUAGCUAGCUAGGUUCGAAGGACUGGCAGCAGCAGCAGCAGCCAUCGCAAGUACAGUAGUAUUGCCGAAACAAGAGUCGAAGAGCUUGGCUGAACGAACGGUGCGCUGCGCUGCGCUUGCUUGUUCUCCAUGGUUUCAGGGUACAAAGCUAGACAUGAGCCACGACGGAGGCUUCUGGUCCCAAGGAUAUGCUGCAACGCCAUACCGGUACCGGUCGUAGCUGGCUACCGGUACCAGGUACUGCUAGCAGCAGGUGGUCUACUAGUAGGGCAGACCCAAAAGAAUAAUAAGAUACCGUCAUCUCCGGUUCAAGUUGGUCGAAAAGCUGUCCACAAACUAAACCUCUCCCGAGUAUCUCUGAAGGGUCGGGAGUUAAUGCACGCGAGGGCAACAAGGCUUUCCGCAAAAGAACGGACCCAACUAAAAUAAUAUUGUGAUAAUAAGCGAUGAAUUGGACCUCUCUCGCCUAUUGAAUUGUUCUGUCUGAGUUGCAUAGUCUGCCGGUAGUCUACGUGUAAUGUAGUAUUCACGCAAUUCCGAGGUGCAACAAAUAAGUACAUUUGACCAAGAUGGCGUCCAGCUGGAGAGGCAACGAGCCACACCGAGCUCAGUACUGUACAGGCGCCGCUACCUGCUGUCCAUGCAUUCCGUAUGAUACGGUAGUAUCCCGCCUUGUCAUCUACGAGUGUACCGGUACAGUACCAAUAG